UCACGGAAUCACGACAGAUUUUUUUUCACUCUAUUGUGACUAUUUACUUUUACAUGACUCUUAUAUUUGAAUCUUUCAUUUGUUAUUUUAGUUAUGGAGUCAUAGGUCUUUUAUGUUCACAAUAUUCAUGGUCUUUAUUGUUUAUUCAAAUUCAGCAAUAGUUGUAUAUUUUCCUGUGUUUCCUCAGUACAUAGGCAUAGAGUGUGUGUGUGUGUGUGUGCGUGUGUGUGUGUGUGUGUGUUUGCGUUUGUAUUCAUGACAUCUCAGGACAAUUUUAUGAUAACACACCUUCACAAUGAGGACCUGUGGAAAAAUGAGGACAUUUUUCGCGUCCUCAUAUUUCCACGCAGUCUACACUACUCUAGAGCUCACGAGGAUACUCCCACACCAAAAAUAAGUGAUGUCCUGAAAGAGCACAAUUUUCAGAAAUUGUGUGUUUAAGUGUGUUUAACUUUCGACUCACUUUUCAUUUGGAAAACUAGUGGCCAACUUCGGUACUUAACACACUUUUAACACACUUUCAGUGACGUCAUUGCGCAGGACCUCAAAUGUCAUCUUUUUCGGACUGACUCACACAUUUUCCCCGCCCUCGUCCUGAUAAGUCACAUCAAUUAGCAGUCACACAAAAUCCAACAUGUGAAGCAGCCAGACAAUCCUACUCUCAAACACGACCACGCGUGGAUGACCAUCGGGUAAGCAAUUCCUUUUCAUUUAUCUUACCGUAACAUAGAAGUUGUUCAAUAUAACUGUGUUUAACAGUGCCCACCAAAGGUAAUAUCAUUCAAUAAGACAGCUAGCUAGCUAGCUAGCUCGAUCGUUAGCAUGCUAAUAAGCUUCCAGUAAAAGUAAUGUGGACAUGUCCUGCAGGCAAGGUUCUGGAAAACUUUUCUAAAUCUUUAACAACACAGUCUGUGGAACUUGGUUUUGGUACCAUAUGUUUAUUUCAGUGCAGUAUUUGUUUUAUUCGAUUGCAGUUAAUUUAAAUUGGUUAGUACAGGUAGCCUAAUGAAAGUGGGCCAGGCACUUCUAGCAUUUACGCUAAGCCCGGUGUAUUUACACUGUUUAUUCUUGUGCUGAUUCAAUUGUACACCGUUUCAAUGAAAAAAACAAACAAACGUUUGCAAUGAAAUUAUAGCAGAAUUCAGCUUUGUUGGUACAUUUGGUCAAGACAAUAUUGUGUUACUCUAUUUUAAUUUUACAUUGUUAUCUGCCUGACAAAUGGUUUGCCCGAAUCUAUUAGUCUGACCAGCAAAUGUUUGAUGAAAUGAAUUUUUGUAUUUUUGAGGAAGAAAAUAAUAUUCCUUUGGCUCAGUACUUUUUGAGCCAAAAUAAGUGCUGCCAUAAUAUUGUGCUUGCUUGUCUGGCUGACUUCUUCUCACUUUCCAUUGUAGAUGUUUACUGGUGGUGAUAAUGUCACAAAGAAGAACCAGACUGAGCCCUGAAUCUGAGGCUGCUCCUUUUAUCUGGAGUCAACAAGCCUUGUUUGAAAGCCCAGUGGAUCAAUGAUUAUAAAGACACCAAGUGACGGGAUCUUGACUGAACCUUCUGGAGACCAAGAAGGGAGUGAGAGAUCCACUUCAUCCUUACAACAGACACCAAGUGACCUGACUGAACCCUCUGGAGACCAUGAAUGGAGUGAGAUAUCCACUUCAUUCUUACAACAGACACCAAGUGACCUGACUGAACCCUCUGGAGACCAUGAAUGGAAUGAGAGAUCCACUUCAUUCUUACAACAGACACCGAGUGACCUGACUGAACCCUCUGGAGACCAUGAAUGGAAUGAUAGAUACACUUCAUCCUUACAACAGACACCAAGUGACCUGACUGAACCCUCUGGAGACCAUGAAUGGAGUGAGAGAUCCACUUCAUCCUUUCAACAGACAUCAAGUGACAGGUACCUGACUGAACCCUCUGGAAACCAAGAAUGGAGUGAGAGAUCCACUUCAUCCUUACAACAGACACCAAGUGUUCCGAUCCUGAUGAAACCUUUUGAAGAUCAAGAAAGGAGUGGAAGAUCCACUUCUUCCUUACAACAGACACCAAGUGACCUGACUGAACCCUCUGGAGACCAUGAAUGGAAUGAGAGAUAAAUUCUCAAAAUUCUCAAAUUUUCAAAAUUCUCAUUAUUUCCUGGAAUAUCUUAUUUUGAUUAUUUUAUUUUUCCAUUUUUAAUAAAUAAUGCCUUCUUUUACAGGUGGGAAUAAGAGACGCACGUGGACAGAUUAUGAAGUGAAGGCUGUUGAGCGACAUAUGUUUGAUUUCAUAACAAGCCAUAAAGUUUCAGGUAAAACGA